CUGGAUAAUAACGGGCACCGCACGCGGAAGGAAGCCCGCCAUUGGAGCAACCCCACAACGUGAGCCUUUCGUUAAAGUGCACUGAGCUGAAAAGGUGCACAUUUUUCAUCAUUUAGCCAGCGCUGGUAUUUUGUCGGAGGAAUGGCGUACCGAGGACAAGGGCAGAAGGUCCAGAAGGUUAUGGUGCAGCCCAUUAACCUAAUUUUCAGGUAUCUACAAAACCGCUCACGGAUCCAGGUCUGGUUGUAUGAACAGGUGAACAUGCGGAUAGAGGGCUGCAUUAUUGGUUUUGAUGAGUACAUGAACCUGGUUCUAGAUGAUGCUGAGGAAGUCCACAUGAAGACUAAGAACAGAAAGCCGCUGGGGAGGAUCAUGUUGAAAGGAGACAACAUCACCUUGCUGCAGAGUGUCUCUAACUAGGACAAUGGAGAUGCCUUCAAAUCUUACCUUUCCUAGAAACAAAUAAUUUCCCUUGUUUUGUUUUUGCAAAUUGGUGUUGAGUAUGUUUGUGUUUGUACAACAUGAAUAUUGUAUUUUCUUUUUACCACAUUUUGAGAAUAAAGUUUUUUUUUUUUCUCUUUU